ACUGUUUACAAAGAUCUGGAGUUUAAUUUUACCGGUGAGACACCUGCUUGUGCUUGUGCUCUGUGCUGAGAACAUUUUAUGCUGGGUUUGUAUGGUGACAUAAAUGUAAUAUUUUCAAAAACAUGAAGUAUUACCACUAAUUCCAAAUAUCUAGCUCUGUGAUACCUUUUUCCUUACAUGGGUUCAUAACAUCUGAUCCUGAGCUCUCAAUUCUCUUUAUUAGUACCUGUAAUGUACAGUGUGGAAAGUAUACAUCAGGAAGUUGAAGAGAACUGUGUACAGUUCUCAUUCCUAUCUGCAAAUCUGCGAGGUGUAUUUCUAACUGGCUUUGUGGCUGUAAUGAGGAACAAGGACCUUCUACAARAGCUAGUGUUCCAGCUGGAGGAGUCACUUGAAACCUCUGGCCAAUGCAAGCUGAAGGCAGACGAGCCAGAAUUGCAAGAUCUGGUGGAGAAUUUACAAGAUCACAGUGGAGUCAUCAUCCCUGAACUUGCAAAGGCAGUUGUUUAUUUUCUAGAAGCCUUGGAUGAACUGCAAGAAGAACAAUUGAUGCUCUUGGAAGAAUCUCUAGAAAAAAAGAUUGUCCCCAAGCAGCUGGAACUGGUGCCAGUCAGGGUCCCUCAAAGUCAAGCGUCCCACGAUGGUUAG